CAAAGGGCCCCGUUGUCCAGGGGGAACAAUGGCAGCGUUGAACGCGAGAUUUCAGUUAAAGCUCCAGAUGCGGGCAGCCUUCCUACGGGCCAACCGGGUCGCUCCGCGAAACGGGAACGAUGCUGGCGUGGCGGCUGCUCUGCCUCCACCUCUGGCUGGUGACCUGUGCCCGUGAGGCCUGGACAGCCCCUGAUUUCUCAGCGUACCUGCACCGGAUCCUGCGGAACCACACCGCCCACGCCUGCGAUGGAGAGACCCUCACCAUCAGCUGUCCUUCCAAAACCUCCGUGGCCGUCCUCUCGGCCUUCUACGGCCGUCACGUGCCGAGCGAGAACUUGUGUCCUGCGCGGAACGCGAACAUCACCGAGGAGGACACCGACUGCAUGUCCCCCGUAGCCGUCCAGAAAGUGGCGGACGAGUGCCAGGAGAGGCGAACCUGCCACAUCCCGGUCAUCAACCACGUGUUUGGCCUGGACCCCUGCCCUGGAACCAGCAAGUACCUCAUCGUAUCCUACAAGUGUCGCCCCGAGAAUCACCGGAGCAAGCUGGUGUGCGAGAACGAGAGGCUGCGGCUGGCGUGCAGGAACGACACGGUGCUGGCCAUCUACUCGGCCACGUUCGGUCACCAGCUGCACGGAAGCCCUCGCUGUCCACAGGAGCCCACUGGCGCACCUGACAUAGAGUGCCUGUCCCCGUCCGCACUGAGGAGAGUAUCCCGCAGAUGUCAUGGCAGGACCAACUGCUCCCUGGUGGCCGACACACAGGGCUUUGGGGACCCUUGUUUCCCGGGGGUCAGGAAGCAGCUGAGGGUGUCCUUUACCUGCGUGCCGAAGUAUCUCUUGGAGGAUGUUGGUCGAGGGUCUACGGACCCAUUCUCGAUUGCUGACUACACACACGGUGGCUGGUACACCGGCCCAGGCGUGUCCCGGUCACAGAGUAUGGUGCUUUUGACAAACUCUCUGGAAAUUUUUGCCCACAUAUAUGGUGUCCCAGAAAAGGUGGCGCUCUACUUUGUGUCUGGGAUCUGUUCUGGUCUGGUGUUCCUGCUGUGCUUGUUUGGCCUCAAGUCCACUGUGACGCGAGACAUCAAGGGACUGUUUUCUGACCUGAGGGAUGAGCUGAAGGCCACACAGGAACCCCACCCUGAGCUCACCGAGGAUGACGAUGACACAGCGUCGGAAUCCUCCUUCUACAGGCUCACGCGCUCCUACCGCAUGGCUGACGUCUUCCCCCCUGAUCUAAUGGUGGGUGUGGAGGGCCGUGAGCAGGAGGAAGACGAGGAACCCUUGAAGGAGCUCCCCAGCAGUCACAUAUGGCCGCACCGGGAUUCCAGCCCCUACGCUGUUCACAAGCUCAAAUCCUCAUCGGCAUGAAAACCACAACCAAAUCCAGCAAAGUGGAGCAUCAGGAACAAAACUCAACUGAUGGGACAGGAGUGAAAAUGCAACCGUGUUUUAGAUGGUUCUGUAUCUACAUAACCUCACAGUCAUUCGUCUGCAUGGUCGGAAUACAUAUUCAUUUGUGUAUCUUAAUUACUAGUGAAAUGUAGGAACAAGUCAUGCAUGUUUAAGGAUAAGCAUGAAAUGGGCAUAAUAUUAAUGAUUAAGCUAUGCAUUAUGAAGUAACUAUCACAAUUUUUAUCAUACACUGUAAUUCUUUCAGUGAUACCAGUGAGAUUCAUUUGUUUAAUCCACAGUCCUUACCGCAGCAUCACUUUAAAAUCGCCCUGUUACAUCACACUAAUACUGUGUUAUUGAUAGAAUAAAAAAAAAAAAUCCCGUCAAAGACUUUGCUACCACGAAACAGGCUGGACGAGAACCGAGAACCGGCUAAACAUCAAGGGCUGUAAAAGCGCAGAAAGUGCUGCAUAAAAUUCUGAAUGGACAGCUCUGCGUUAUGAUUUACGAGUUGUUCAGCACGUGAAGUAACAGCGUGGUAAGACAGCCUCACACCGGCAAUGAAUACGAAC